AUGGCAAAGUCACUCGUUUUGUCCUUUUUGUCCCUGCUGCUGCUCGCCAGCCAUGGCCUCGCCCUCCGCCAUAAGGGUGACGCGUCCGGUGCCAGGCCCCGGAACGCAACGCUGCCGCUCGGCGGUGGCCGGAAGGGGACCAACAUGUUUGGGAGCAUGCGCGACCCGAGCUCGCCGGCCGCCCGCUUUGCACCGCGUCAACUGACCUGUCCCCCUGGUGAAGAGCUCUGCGGAGAAUUCUGCUGUUUGAUUGACACGGUUUGCUGCGAGGUCGAGUUCGGCUGCUGCGAGCUGGACAAGCCCGUCUGCCAGCCCGACCUAUGCUGCCCCGUCGACACCACGGCCUGCGGCCCCGACAACCCGCUCUACUGCCAUUACCCGGGCACCAUCUGCUGCCCGGAGCCGUCGACCACGGCGUGCCCCGACGGCACGAUGUGCUGCGGCGAAGAAGCCUGCUGCGAGGACGGCUACUUGUGCCUGGACGAGAGCAUCUGCUGCCUGCCCGGCUGGAAGUCGUGCGACGACUGGUGCUGCCCCAUUGGCUCCGACUGCAGCGACGCGCCGGGCUUCUGCGAGCUGGACACGGGAAGCACGUCGUCCGGGGAGCCGCCCGGCCAGACCCAGCAGUCGACGAUUCACUUUUCGUCCUCGCAGGCGCCGCCGCCGUCGUCCAACCCGCCGCCGGAGUCGAGUCCCCCGCCGGAGUCGUCUCCCCCGCCGCAGUCAUCCCCUCCUCCUGAGUCGUCGCCGCCGCCCGAGUCUUCGCCGCCGCCCGAGUCUUCGCCGCCGCCCGAGUCUUCGCCGCCGCCCGAGUCCUCUCCUCCUCCCGAGUCAUCGCCUCCCCCCGAGUCCUCUCCUCCUCCCGAGUCAUCGCCUCCCCCGAGUCAUCGUCUCCCCCCGAGUCAUCGUCUCCCCCCGAGUCUUCGUCUCCCCCGGAGUCGUCGUCUCCCCCCGAGUCAUCGCCGCCCCGGGCCGUCGAGCACGAUAUCCUGCCCCUCGGGCACGCCGACUCUCGUGCUGCCCUUUAUCCAAGACCAGACGGAUGAGCUCAUCAACAACAUUUGCGUCGGCCUCCGGAAACAGGGACUCACCGACCACCAGCUGCUCAACUACGCCGGACGCGGCGAAGGCCGCAAGAACCGAAAGCUGACCAUGUGCGGCGAUGGAAAGUGCUGCAAGGACCAGAAGAAAGCCUCCGGCGUCAACAAGGGCGAACCGCUGACGUGCGACGAGUACCCUUUUGCCUCGACGACGCAGAGCAGCCCCAACUCGCACGUCGGCUGCAUCCUCGGCUUCCAGAACACGGCCGGCGGCUUUUUCUAUCUCAAUAACUUUUUGCGCGACCAGCUCAAGUACACAAAGCACUGCCCGUACAUUAUGCAAAUCGACCCGGACUACAACUGCGCCCAGGUGCAGGCGGACUCCAUCCCGAAAUGCAACAAGAAGACCCGGCGGCAGCUCGAGGUGUCGGCGACGGCGUCGGCCCACGGCGUCUUUUACGAUUCUUACAAUGGCUCGCCGGGUACUCUCAUCAUUCCGCUCGGCGACAUUGACGAGGGAAGUUACUCGGUCGAAGUCACCUUCCCUCCCAACGCCGUCGUCUCGCGCGUCCUCAUUGGCGACAAUCUCGGAAACGAGUACAGCGUGCAAACAUCCCCGACGUCUGGCUCGACGUACCAGUUCACGGCCGAGCUCGACGAUUUCGGCUACUCGGCCGCCAUCAUCGCCGAGACCACCGCCGGCGACCUGUCCGUUGAGUCGUGGUCCGUCGAGGCCAUUGGCGAUACACCGCCGUUCUCGUCGGGCAGCCCCGGCACGGCCACGCCGCCGCCGACCUCGUCAGCGUCGCGUAGCCAAGAGCCGACGGGCAGUGGCAGCAGCACGAUCACGAUUGUGACGGUCAUCAGCGGCGUGACGACGACCAUCACGACGUGCCCCGUCAGCGAGACGAACGCGCCGCCGCCGCCGCCGACGUCCGGUGUGAGUACCAUUACCACUGUGAUUAGUGGCGUCACCAUCACCACAACGUGGUGCCCCGAAACGGACACCACGGUGAGUGCAUCUGCGCCGCCUCCGCCACCGCCGCCGGCAAGCAGCGUCAGCACCAUCACCACUGUCAUCAGCGGCGUGACCGUCACGACGACCACCGUCUGCCCCGAAACGACCCCGUCGGCACCGCCGCCGCCGCCGCCGGCUGGUUCGUCGCCGCCUGGAGAAUCGCAGCCUCAGGAGUCGCAGCCUCAGGAGUCACAGCCCCAGCAGUCGCAGCCCCACGAGUCGGCGCCGCCGGCCAACACAAGCCCGACGCUUCUGCCGACAACCGAGCACACGACCCCCGUGACGGUGCCCACCGAGUCGUCGCCGGUGGCUGUCGUGACGGCGGCAGCGACCAAGGCGGACGCUGUGUCGGCCAAGCUCCUCUGGGUCUUGCUGGGCGCCGCGGUGCUGUUCCUCCACCUGUAA